UACAGUAUAGAUAUAUAUACCUACUGUGAAUUUCAACGCCGAGCGAGGUCUUCCCCGAUUAUUAGCAAACCUUUGUGGUUUCACGCUAACAAUAAGAAUAAAACGUGUGAAAAACCUAAUAUUAUGAUGAUGACGUGUAGUCAUAAUACAAUUGUGUGUAAAAUAAUAUAAAUUUGAUUUUUUUCUCAGAUCGUCCCGUAAAGUUUUUUUUUUUUUUCGUACAAAAAUUACUUCAACGAAGACAAUAAUAAUAUUAUUUAAUAGUAUAAAAUACAAGUUCAUUAUAAUAUUAUUAUUAUGUCACGGCCGUCGCUGCUGACGAUCGCUUAUUUGUUUGCAUUUUCUUUUGGGUUACUGACCGUUCUAUUGCAGUCGGCCGACGGUGCGGGAGCCGACAUCGGUGACUAUAUUUUGCAGCGGGAUGCCGCCACCGACUCAAUACCCGGUCUUUGGUUAUCCGAUCUGUUUUACCGGGCGCUGGCCAACUUCACCUUGCGGCGGGCGGACAGCACGGCUUGCCGCCGCCAAUCCGCUAUGUACGAAGCAAAUUUGAGAAAUCACACCAGUUGGGCCGUCAGAAUGCUAGAAUCUUGGGACCGAUAUCCAGUCGGUUUACUUGCGGGAAACACAUAUCAAAUGGGAGUCUAUGACGAAUGUGUAGACAUACGUCAUCCAGUGAAAGGACAGUAUUGUUUGUCUGAAAUAAAAAUAAUUCCACCAGCAGGAAGAGAUUAUAGCUUCAACAGAACGGAAGAUUUAGACGAUUUCGGCCACAACCAUGGAUGGAAAACCAUACUCGGGUGGGCUGAUUACCAAGACCGAGUGCAACGAAACAUUUUGAAUUUGGGAAUAUGCAUACCAGACGCUUGUUCGGCGUUGGACCUACAGACAUCAAUACAAAGUGAAUUUGACGAGGCGUUUUCUCCUGAACAGUUCAAAACCGUCGUCAGAGUAGACCCGAUUAAGUGCAGGGUCCGCGAAGAUAAGUAUCCCUACGACACACCGUAUUACAUUACCUGGUGGAUAUUUUCACUGCUCGUUCUGAUUUGUUGCGGUGCGACGUUACACCAUUUUAUAAUAAUAUCGUACCAACAAAACACAAAUGAAAAUGAUGAAGUACCAAGUUCAUUUCUCUACGAAUUUUCAUUAAUCGAGUCAAUCAAAACAUUGUUGAAAUACGACAAGGAAAAUAAAAUAAAUUUUUUUUAUGCCACAAAAGUAAUGACGAUGCUUCCUAUUAUAUAUGGACACAAACUUUUUAAUUUUGUGUCGAAUCCUAUAAGUAAUCCUAAGUAUAUGGAAGAUAUAUACCUCAACGGACCAGCUGUAUUGUCGACUGGUUUGAACGUCGUCGAUCCAUUUUUCUUCAUGAGCGGUUUCAUCAUGUACAUUAGCCUUUCUCGAGAAUUUCGUAAACCAAAGGACGAAUCAGUUUGGAAGACACUCUCCCUGUCAAUUAUACAGCGUAUAAUCAGAAUGUUACCGGCUUAUUGCGCGAUGAUGGCCAUCACGGCGCAUAUUAUACCCCACCUCGGAGACGGUCCACUGUGGCCACAUAAGUCGUGGGAAGAAGCAGAGAUAUGUAAGAACUAUUGGUGGACCAACCUGUUGUUCAUAAGCAAUUUCGUUGACGUCAAACAUCAGUGCCUCAUUAUGAGCUGGUACUUAUCGUGUGAUAUCCAGUUUUUCGUAAUUGGAGUUAUUGUCGUUUACGUUUACACGAAAAAUCCAAAAUAUGGAAUCGCAUUGCUUGGCACAAUAAUUGGUUUGUCGAUAUCCGUGCCGUUCAUAAUAACUCUUUUGACGGGAAGAGAUGGAAUGGAUAAGUUACUUUUACCAUACAUAAUGUACCCGAGAAAUAUUAUAUCGUUAAACGAGUCGUACCGACCAAGUUACAUGCGGGCCACGCCAUUCUUUGGAGGCUUGGCCAUGAGCUUUGUAGUGGAAAAACUGCAGAAGGAAAAAAAAGUGAAAUUUUCACAAAUGGUGGUUCACGGCGGAACAUUUGCCAUUUGCACGUUUACUUUAUGGGUUCAGUGUUACGGGGCCGUAUUCUAUGCGAGAAAUAGACCUUAUUAUCCAUUGGAACAAGCCUUGUACUCAACUAUAUAUCAUUGUACGUGGCCAUUAGCGAGUAUAUGGAUUACCAUAAGUUAUUUCACGUCAGGCUACGGUCUACUUGAAAAUUUAAUUCGCAAUAAAUUUGUUGUGAUUAUGGGGAAACUCUCAUACCCCGUUUUGUUAGUGAACAUCACUGUUGUGCUAACAUCUCAGAGUUCGCAGAGGUUACCAGUUCAUCUGUCGUCAAGAUAUGUGUUUGACGCUUAUCUCUAUGAUGUAUUCAUGUGUUAUCUGAUGGCCAUCAUCUUAUAUUUGGUUGUUGAUGAGCCGUUUGCGAAAUUGACUAAAAAACUGUUUUAUCAGAGGAAAAGUAUAAGCUCGUUGAUCAAGAAUGGAACACCGAUCAAAACACCAGCUACUUGCAGCAGUAAAACUGUUAAAAACGACUAAGCUAUCUUAAAAUAGGUAGUGGGUCAAUUAUGAAAUGUUAGCAUUUAUAUCAUAAUAUAUGAUAAUUUAGUUAAUAAAGUUAUUCUUUUAUGGAUCGGUAGGUAAA